AAGAAAUACUCCCAAAAUGCCACUAAUGACUACCUCAGCUUCACAUCCUACUGAUAAGAACGCCUACUCAUUCCAUUCGGCGGCCUUCCUCCAUUUUCCCUCCAUUCCCAACACGAAAAAGGAACCAUCUUUCCUCUUCAAUUAAACUCACUGAACAAAUGAAGAGCAGGGGAGAACCCAAUUACCGAAUCCCCAUCGAUGGUUCCUCAUCAAUUUCGCCAUUGUUGCUUCACGAGGAGCAGGAAUCGCAGUUCGGUGAUGGUGGUCACACCAGAAUCAGGGCUUCCUUCACUGGUUCAGUCUUCACUCUUUCCACAACGAUUAUCGGAGCCGGAAUCAUGGCAUUGCCAGCCACCAUGAAAAUCCUGGGCCUGGGGCUCGGAAUCGCGCUCAUAGUGUUAGUCGCGGUUCUCACAGAGCGGUCGCUGGAAAUGCUGCUGAGAUACAGCAAAGCCGGGAAGGAAGUGAAAUCGUACGGCGGAGUUAUGAAGGACGCGUUUGGGAAUGGCGGCAGAACCCUGCUUCAGAUUUGUGUGCUGCUCAAUAACGUCGGGGUUCUUGUUGUUUACAUGAUCAUCAUUGGCGAUGUGCUGUCUGGAACAACAUCUGCAAAUGGGAUUCACAAGAGGGGUGUCCUGGAGGAAUGGUUUGGAAGCCAAUGGUGGAAUGGCCGUACUGCUGUUUUCCUCGUCAUGACAUUUGCUGUAUUUUCUCCAUUGGCAUGCUUAAAGCACAUAGAUUCGUUGAAGUUCUCGUCGGCUGUAGCAGUUGCACUUGCAGUCGUUUUCCUCGUCAUAACAGCAGGAAUUGCAGCAUUCAAAUUGAUCAAUGGAAGCGUCUCCAUGCCAAGGUUGCUUCCUAAUGUUACUAGCAUCACAUCAUUCUGGAAUCUCUUCACUGCUGUACCCGUGCUUGUGACAGCUUUCAUAUGUCAUUUCAACGUUCAUACAAUUGAGAAUGAACUUGAAGACCCUACCAAGAUACGAAAAGUUGUGCAAGCUUCACUAGCUCUCUGCUCUUUUGUCUACAUUAUGAUAAGCUUCUUCGGUUUCCUCCUUUUUGGUGACUCGACACUCGAUGAUGUGCUGGCUAACUUCAACACAGACCUCGGCAUUCCUUACAGCUCUGUGCUCAAUGAUGUCAUUCGAGUCAGUUAUGCUCUCCACUUGAUGCUUGUUUUCCCAGUGCUUUUCUACCCCCUGAGAAGCAACAUCGAUGAGCUGCUCUUUCCAUCGGCCAGGGAUCUUGCUUUAGAUACCAGAAGGUUUAUAUUGCUCACAAUAGCACUCAUUUGUAUGAUCUUUCUGGGAGCAGAUUUUGUACCGAGUAUCUGGGAUGCUUUCCAGUUCACUGGGGCGACAUCAGCAGUCUGCCUCGGUUUUAUCUUCCCAGCUGCAAUCGCUCUCAGGGAUCCACAUGCCAUAGCAACAAAGAAGGAGAAGAUUUUGUCUAUUUUCAUGAUUUUCCUAGCUGUGCUCUCGUGCUCAGUUGCUAUAUACAGUGAUGCCUAUGCCUUGCUGAGAAAGAAACUAUCUCCAUAGCAACUGGCGCCAAUUUGAAGAAGUAGAUCAUCACACAGACAUCAAAUUUAGACACUUCUAGUUACUUCCUCUAUAGAGUUUUACUUUGUCUUACAAUCACAUGCAUCAUACAAAAAUGGUAGUCCAUUGAAAGAAAUUGGUACUCAGCCAUCCAGUGUUGACUUGAGACCCAAGAAGCUUAUGUAUAUGCCUUCAUUUUCUGUAAACUGAAGUAAACCCUAACCCAUUCCAGUCUCUACAAUUGGAAUUUCCUUUCACUCUUUUAUUUUGUAUUAGGUUUUGUGUCACAUUGAACAAAUUGAUUCGGCAUAUACUAAGUAAUCAUCCG